UCCGUUACAUUGAUCAGUCACCUCAGAGGUAACAGUACAAGCACUGAAGUCGCUCAUUAUUUGCACAUCACGAGAAAUACACAUCCAGAUGAAGCUGCGGCUUGUUGGCGUUUGCAUUCUCUACCUUUCUCUUCCACUCGCUUCGGGCCUUAAAUGUGAGGCUGGGUGCAAGGUCAGUUCGGGUGUACCGGGCUCAGAAAAGGCUUGUAACGGAAUGACAGGCGGUAUGAUCACGUGCGAUCAAUUCUUUGAUAGAUGUAUGACCACCAAGCUCAAUAUACCGGGUCCAUUUCGUGGCUUUUCCAGUGACAUGGAAAUCAAAAACUGCUCUAGUAGCUUUGUAUGUGAGCCGAGUAGCGACUACUACUUGUGCAAGCUUAUGAACAGCACUGGAAUGAUGGCCUCUUGCUCUCUUCACUGUUGUGAGGGUGACAUGUGUAAUGGAGCUGUUCACCUCCCGGGUUUUAUUCGCAGGCUGCUCUCAAGAAUUAAUUGAAAA